AUGAAAAGACGGAAAAAGUUGGUUUCGUCUGGAAAACACGGAUCAAAAUACACAGGAAUUCAGACAGAAGAUGUGAUAGACAGUGAGAGACAUUUGAAGAAGUUGGAUCCUGAUAAAUUUGUGCAAUCUUAUGGUAAUUAUGGAAAAUAUCAAAUUUUGACCUACGUUUUGGUGCAAACUCUCAAUUUUUUCUACUCGUCCUCGAUUUAUGUGAUGAGUUAUGUGCAGUUGGGGUUGGAUAAGAAGUGCGUUUUGAAUAAUGAGACCCUCCCAAUGAGUCAAACUUGCGAAAUUGAAACGGAACCCAAAGGAAAAUUCGGAGAACUCAAAGGCGGUUACUGUGGGAUUGUCAAUGAGACCAAGAUGCAAAUCACCAAUCACAAUGCGCACACGAAUCUGCUCGUCGAGUUCGAGCUCUCGUGUUCUCAUUGGUUUUUCCAAGAGUUCGGACUGACCAUCUUCACAAUUGCGGCCAUCGUCGCCGUCCCAUUCAUGUCGAUGCUAGCUGAUAGAUAUGGCCGGAAACCGGUGAUCGUCUCGACCGCAAUUCUCGCUUUCUUGGGAAAUGUGGCCGCCUCGUUUAGUCCGAAUUUCGGAGUGUUUCUUGUGUUGAGAGCGUUGGUUGGCGCGUGUAGUGAUACCUACCUAUCCGUCGGCAGUGUCGCCACGUGCGAAUACAUAUCCGAAAAAGCGCGUGCCUGGAUUACGGUAGUCUACAACGUUGCGUGGACCCUCGGCAUGAUAUGGACUCUUAUGGUCACCCUGAUGACAGAUGACUGGCGAUGGAGAUAUUUCAUCGCCGGAUUUCCCGGUGUCUACGCGUUUUUCCUGUGGUGUUUCCUGCCCGAAUCACCGCAUUGGUUGAUUGUGAAAAAUCGAACGGAACGGCUGAAGAAGUAUAUCAAAACUGCGAAUCGAAUCAACAAGAAGACGCCAGACUUUAGCGAGUGCCAGCAGAGCUCCCAUCACGAGGAGAAACACGAAUCGUUUAAGGCAAUGCUUGGAAGCAAGAAACUGAUAUGGAUCCUAUUUGCCAAUGGAUUUAUAGAAAUGGUCAUCUCCCUUGUCUACUUUGCCAUCUCCUUCCUUUCCGUUGAGCUGGGAAGUGAUCAUAUUCAAGCAUUCCUCUACUCUUCUCUUGUAGAAAUUCCUGCCGGUCUCGCUGUCCUCCCCCUCAUGAUUGUUAUGGGACGGAAGACCAUUGUCAUCUGGUGCCUCGUACUCCAGACCUUGGCACUCAUCGGAGUUACAGUAUUCCUCGAUGUGUACAGUCUGAAAUUGGGAAUGAUGUUGAUAGCGAAGGUUAUGGCGACAAUCAUCUACUCCGUCCACCCGAUCUGGGCCAACGAGCAAUUCCCCACAUCAGUCAGAUCACUCUGCUUCUCCCUAAUGAACAUCCCUCAAAGUAUGGGAAUCAUUAUGUCACCUUAUUUGAAGCAUAUCGCCCUGUCCCCCAACUGGCUCCCUUUCGUUGUCAUCGCACUAUUCAGUUUCAUAUCGGCUACUCUUGCGUUUAUGUUGAAUGAGACUAAGAAUACAAAGUUGCCAACCGACGUGGAAAGUCUCUCAAACCCAGGCGAGGCCGCUGAUCUAUCUGCCUACCGUAACUCUUCGAGCUCCACGUCAUCUCCAAGAUCUCCGAAGAAUAAAUCAAAGAAGAAGAAGACAUCUUCAAAUGAGAAUAUAACGACAAAAAGUUUGGGAACUGUUACUUUUUCUGGUGAACAAUAG